CUGAAUACAUAUCUUUAUCUUAGUUUAAGUGCAAAAUUUGUUUGCGUUACUUGAAAUCCCUCCAAAUUUUUUCAUUUAAAAGGAGAUAAAUAUAUAUUCGGAUGUUGGAACGAGAGAAAAAAACGAAGAUGCUGAAAAGUACAACUCGGACGAACCUAAUAUACUACCCAAACACACUCGAAAAAAUGAAAAUCUAGUGAGGUUUCGAUUUCUAAGGAGACAUGCUCGGUUUCAAACUACGGAAUACACAGUUCGUAUCAGGUCUGUUUGCGUUGCUUACAUUUUUGAUACUCGGCAUUUUCGUUUUCUCUCUUUUCAAGAGAAAAAAAUAUAUAUCUUAUCUCAUUUUAAGUGCAAAAAUAUUUAGGGAUUUCAUGCAACACUCGCAACAGACACAAACCUAUUAUUCAUAGGACAAUUCACUUUUUGGCGGUUUCGCAGUUUCAUGAAGAUAUCGUGUAUUGCUGUGUGAUUUUUUUUAAUUCCUAUGCACAUGUGAUGGAUUCAUGAAAAGAUCAUAAAUGUACAAUUUCGGCAUGCAAUCACGGAGGAAUUCGAGUUUCGUGAACCUAAGUGGUAUCUCUGAUACACGGAAAAUUCGCGGAGUCGAUGGAGCUCGAUCAACUGGAGCAGUCCGCAAAACAAUUAAAUGCGGUGCUUAACGAGUUCCCGAUCGUCGCAAUCUCGCUGGACGAUUUUAGACCAAUUGAAGAGAAAGUCCAUACGACCAGGAAAUCAUUGAUACCCCUGAACUCCAGGUUAUUAAUGCUUAAAGCAAAAUACAAACAGUACAUCGAUGACAGACGCAACGAGAGCGAGGAUGAGGUCGGAGACACACUGCAGAAUGUUGUAAGCGACACACUUCUAAAUACUAAGGCUAUCAAAUUGUGUCUUCAUAGCACUACCAUUCUCUCAAUGCUCAGUAAUAAGGAAGGCACUGCAGAGGAUCAAAAAAAGCUCAACACCUACAUGAGUAAACUUUUCACUCUCAAUGACAAUAUUAUGGCCACUCAGGAAGCUAUCGAGAAAGCGUCUCAAGUACAGCUGGAUCUGAAAAUCGAAUGUCAAAAGGCGGUAUUCGAACACACAAAGUUUCUCAAAGAACAGGAGCAAAUGCGGAGCGAAAGAUUGCAAAAGACAAAUCCCGAGAUCGUACAAACUAAAAACCAAUUGGAAAAGUAUAUACGAAAUAUAAACAUAAUAAAAAAACUCAUUAGAAACUUCAUAGCAGUGUCCAGUCAAAUGCUAGAAAAGAAGCCGAUACUGCUGAAGAUGUUGGAGACUCACAGAGACUUGAUAAACAUCGAAACGAUUGUAAAAAUGUCGCAAAGUAAUGAAGAGAAUGAAUAAAAAAAACCUUAAGGAGGAAGUACGCAGGAACUUUCAUUAAGAACUUUUUUCUCAAUUUCUUACUGGCUAAGCGCAAUAGACACAACACAUAUUUACAAGAAUAAGCUUCCACGCAAGUCCAAUGUCUUUUUCUUAUUUCUUUUUCCUCAUUCUUUUGUUUUUUUUUGUUUGUUUAGUUCUUCUAUUAAAACGCCUUGCCAGACGGUUUCGUAUAAUCAUUAAACAAAGCAUAAUCGGUAUUGUAAUAUAAGUUAAAAAUUAUAUGAUAGCAAUCACAGCUUACGUAUAUAUAGUAAAAUCUUCGUUAUAAGGGGAGAGAGAUAUACAUAUCCAUUUCGUUAGAAUCGAUACAAUGAGAGACUUUCGUUUUUUCGCGUAUAAUGAGAAUUCGCGUUAUAUUAUUAUAUAAUAAUAAUAAUAAUCACUGCAUGUUAAAAUGCAAAUGUAAGACAAUCGGUUUCUUUUUUCAUGGUCCGAUGUAUAUAAUAUAUCAUUCAGUCUCGUUA